AUGUCCGCAACUGGCACAUAUCGCGGAACUCCCAAAGAUAAAGCCAGAGGCCAAAAUCCUUUCCAAGCUCUCGACAGCCCAUCGAGCAUCCCGAGACCAAAGCUAGAGUCUAUCGCCAGCACCACCCAAAGCGAGAUGUCGACUCUCAGUGCCAGCAGGGCGAAGCAGUCCAAGAGGGACGAGGCCAUUAGACGCAAGAUUGAAACAGACCUAAACAAGAAGAGAAGCAAUCCUGCCCGCGCCCGCCAGACUCGCAAGGCAGCCCCUGGUUCCGUUCUCGCCCUCAGACCCAGCCAGGCCCUCCAGAUCAAGCCGAACACCACGGUCGCCGAAGCUGCCCAGCUUAUGGCAGCCAAGCGCGAGGAUUGCGUCCUUGUUACCGAUGAUGAUGAUCGCAUCGCAGGUAUCUUCACCGCAAAGGAUCUGGCGUUCCGCGUUGUCGGAGAGGGAAUCAAGGCCAACAGCAUCACCAUCGCUGAAAUAAUGACCAAGAACCCCUUGUGCGCCAAAACCGACACCAGUGCCACAGAUGCUCUCGAUCUUAUGGUUCGCAAAGGCUUCCGCCAUCUCCCUGUCAUGGACGAGAACCACGAUAUCUCUGGUAUUCUCGACAUCACAAAAUGUUUUUACGAUGCCAUGGAGAAGUUGGAACGCGCAUACAGCUCUUCAAGGAAACUUUACGACGCGCUCGAGGGCGUCCAAGCUGAAUUGGGAUCUAGCCAGCCUCAGCAAGUCAUUCAGUAUGUAGAAGCUAUCCGUCACAAGAUGUCAGGUCCCACUCUCGAGACCGUACUGAGUGGUGUGCCGCCUGUCACCGUGACAGUUCGCACCUCUGUCCGCGAGGCAGCUGCCUUGAUGAAGGCCAACCACACAACUGCUGUACUGGUAACAGACAACGGAGCCAUCACCGGUAUAUUUACUAGCAAGGAUGUCGUUCUGCGUGUCAUUGCUGCUGGUCUCGAUCCCGGUAACUGCAGCGUCGUGCGUGUCAUGACUCCCCACCCGGACUUUGCACCACUUGAUAUGAGCAUUCAGUCUGCACUCCGCAAGAUGCAUGAUGGACAUUACUUGAACUUGCCAGUCAUGAGCGCUGACGGUGAGAUUGUCGGCAUGGUAGAUGUUCUGAAGCUUACCUAUGCUACUCUUGAUCAGAUCAACAGCAUGUCGACCGGAGACAGCGAAGGACCAGCCUGGAAUAAGUUCUGGAUGUCUUUCGACAAUGAAACAGAAUCCAUGAUGUCCGGCGAGGGUGGCAGCCGUCACCCUCAAACAGAAGACGGGAGAUCCUUGAUCUCGCCUGAGAUGUCGAGGCCCGGAGUUGACCGAGGCGAUAGCGUCAUGCCCACCGACUCUGCCUCUCAUACUGGUGGUCGUGAUUCACCCGAUCCGUCCGCGUUCACUGGAGCUGGAGCUGCAUACGAAGACGUCCCAUUCCCCUUCAAGUUCAAGGCUCCUAGUGGUCGCGUACACAGACUGCAGAUUGUACCUUCGAAUGGCAUGAGUGAGCUAGUCAGUGUUGUCGCAGAGAAACUGGGCAACGAGGCUGAAGCUAUUGGUGGAGUACCUACCUUUGUUGACGGCAAACUCAGCCGCACCGGAUUUGCAUUGAGUUACCUCGACAACGAAGGUGAUACGGUGUCGAUCACGACGGAUCGCGACCUGUUGGAUGCUAUCUCACUUGCGCAAUUGACGCAUCACGACAAGGUUGAUCUUUUUGUACAUGAUCCCGAAACGGCCCCAUUGCCAUCGACACUUGCGCCACAGCCUUCUUUGGCGACGGUGACGCCUUCUGAAAGCCAGGUGCGUGAAAGAAAGACAGCCCAGGCCGAGUCUGAUGAGGAAAGCGAGACAUACAAGCCUCGCAGAAAAGAACGUCAAGCAGCACCAGCAGCAGGACAGGAUCAACUGAUCGCAGGCCUUCCGAACGAGCUCCUCUUACCUGGCGCAAUCGUGACACUAGCUGUAGCCAUCAUUGGAGUGUUUGCCAUCUCAAGGAUGUCAAGCAAGUAA